AUGGUGCACGUGGCGCAGUGCAGAGCCAUGUAUUUUGCUUGGGUCGUGGCGCAUUGCAGGACCAUCGAGUGCCAGGCAAUCGUGCAAAGACCAAGCGAUGAUGCAGGGCGCCGUGCUGAUGCCUGCCGCCCCAUUCCGCCUUUAACCCCGUUGGCUGUGCGUUUCGCAACUAACAAGGAAACGGACGCGUCGCAACCAAAAACGAAAGGCGCGCAGGAAGACGCCCGCGGCGCCCAGGCGGAGGCAGACUACGACGACGGCCUAGACACCAUCGUGGGGUGGAAUAUCAACCGCAAGGAUAGCACCGUAACGCUAACGACGAAGCGGUCGACCGACGGCACGCUGCGGGAAGUGCCCGAGGAAGUGGUACACCGCGCUAACGAAGAAAAGCUGGUGGCCUACUGGGCGAAGCUCGGCAAAAAGCGCGAGGUUACCAUCGACUGCGGGGUUUACCGAAUCUUCAAGAUCCUGGACCAUGAGCCGGCCGAGGGCAAGAAGGGCAAGGGCAAGGGCAAUAAGGGCAAGGGGCCCAGGCUGUUGAUACAAUGGGUCGGCUACACGGCCGCCCCUGACAACACCAGCUGGGAGCCGGUGGGCGCGAUGCUCGACACGGACGAGGCGCUCGUGCGGAGGUACUUGAGUGAGCACGGCCUGACCAUAAAUCUUACGCCCAAGAAGCAGGGUGCCGACGCAGCCGGCGCCGGUCACACUAGCGCAACCACAACAGCCAGCCGCAGCCGCCAGGCCAAGUCGGGCACGCUGCCUGCACCCGGAACCACCGCGACGACGACCGGGAAACGCGCCCGUCCCACAUCGACCGACGCGACGCCCAGAGCGAAGCGCGGCAGGGGCAGGAAGCCCACCGGCAUGACGAAGACAGUCAUUGACUUAGACACUGAUGCCAGUCAGCCCGGCAAACACUCGGCCGAUGUGCCGGAGCCAUCCAAUCCCAGCGGGGGCAAGGAGAAAGAUGUCGUCCUAGCUGAGCUCGCCCGUAAAGUUGUCGGCUCUAUGAUGGCGAAGCCAACUGAAGCAGGUAGGUUACAUUACUUUGCCUCGUGA